GGAGUGACACCACAUGAAGAUCAACUCCAACAAUUCAAAACUUUAGUCCAACAAAACCACAUAAACAAGACACAAAUUCAACAAUCACUCUUCUUCUUUGAAUCAGGCUCCAAUGAUAUCUUCAGCUACUUUUAUCCAUUUGAUGCCCCAACACUUACCCCAGAUGCCUAUGUUCUGGCCAUGUUAAAUCAAGUUAGAAACUUUGUUGAUCAAAUUUGCAAGUUAGGGGGUCGUCGAAUUGCCUUGUUUUCAUUAGGCCCCGUUGGUUGUGUCCCGGCAAGGACCCUCUUGCCUGGUGCACCGGUUAAUAAAUAUUAUAGGAAGAUGAAUAAAAUGGUUGAAAAUUAUAAUGUGGGAUUGGAAAGUUUGGCGAAAAGAAUACCAACCAAGUAUCCUGGUUCAUUUGUUGUGUAUGGCGCUGUGUACAAGACUCUUCAGAUCUUCAGAGCUGGGCAAGUUUGCCAAAAGGACACCAUGGAAAACUUUUUUGUCAUAACUCCAAACUUGAUGAAUUAUUUGUCAAAAAGACACUUAAUUUCAGAUCAUCAUUAA